UUGGUGGGUGCCGAGAUACCCGCACGUAUUCGUAUAUUCUCUUGACAGUCCCUCUAAUACAAGAAUUGUUAAAUUUAUCACCUCCUUUCUUGACUUAGACGUGAACAUAGAGAAGGAAAAAUCAAAUCGGUGGACCAUGAAUAAUGAAACCGACAUAGAUGGAAAAGUCAAAGUGGCUGGGUUGGCACACUAAGAUGUCCGAAAAGUAGCCAAGGUGUGUGUAAAAUUACAACCUGUUUAAUACUUGAUUAGUACUACUAUUAACUUUUCAAGAAUGGAAUAACUUAAAUCUUUUUGAAGCGAGCAAGGGAUAUUGGGGUCUGGUCAAUCAGAUCAUCAUUUGAUUUCAAUUGUAGGCCUAGAAAUGACGAAGAGCGGAGAGCUGUGUUAUUAUGAUGGUCAAGGACAAAAGACAAGUACUAGUUUAGGGAAUGAGAUUGAAGAAAUAGAAGAACAUGGGAGUAAUGGUGGUUAUGUUCCGGCAAGUGAGUUGUUGGAGAUCAAUACAGGAUUAGCUAGCAUAAAAGAAGUUGAAGUUGAAGGUAGUUUAUAUUCCUUUGAUUUCCACAACAACAGGGAUCAUGCUGUUGUCUAUGUUGCUGUUGGACAUAGCAGUGGUAAUAGUAAUAAGAUUAGCAAGGACUCAAGCAUGGAUGCUGUUCUUUGGACUCUCAAUCAUGCUGUCCCGGAUUACUCUUCGACCAUUCUUUUCCUCAUUCAUAUCUAUCCAGAGACCAAGUACAUCCCUACUCCUUUGGGAUUGAUUCCAAUAGGUCAAGUGAGUGCAGAGAAAAAGGAGAACUACAUGGCUCAAGAAAGAGGCAAGAGACGCCAGUUCCUUCAAAAGUUUUUUGAUGCAUGCGCUGCUAGAAAGGUUAAAGUUGACACCAUACUUAUAGAGAGCGACAUGGAAGCAAAAGCCAUACUGGACCUUAUUCCAAUCUGCAACAUAACAAGGCUCAUCUUGGGCACCUCUAAAGCCAAUCUCAAGAAACUAAAGUCGAAAAAAGGUUGCGGAACAGCGGAUCAGAUAUUACUAAAUGCGCCUGAAUUCUGUGAGGUUAAGAUAAUAUGUGAAGGCAAGGAAAUGGUUGAGCUGCAGAUGUUUGAAUCUCCUCCUCCCGGCCAAGCCAAUACUGCUGACAGUCCAAAGCCAAUUCAGAGUCAUACCCAAGAUCAAAAUAGAGCCCAGAAUGAAUCAUUCGUAUGUGGAUGCUUUAAAGCCAGAGUCAUGCCUUAAAAUCUUCAGCAAUCUGCAUUAGCCUAUAUCAAUCCCAAAAUUCAAGGUUGGAUGUCAAUUUCAAGUAUUAACCCCAAACCUGCCCCAGGGUUUAUCAUAUCAUACAAAAUUCAUGAAUAUUGGCAACUAUCGUACAUCGAGAAACAAUGAAUAUACACACCAUUGCUGAUAUGUUCAAAAAGAUGUAAAGUUCUUUUCUUUGGCCUAAUUCAAUCAUCCUAGUGAGUAGCUUUUAGUA